CGGAAGAAGAAAGUAACGGCGCCAAAAUUGCCUGGGGAUUCAGAACAGGAGCAGAGAGGUAGAGCUGGCCACACCGUGGAAGGGAAUGCCAGGGCUAAUCAGGAUGAACUAGAAAGCUGGCUGGGAAUCUGCCCAGCUAUAGGUGUAAGCUUUAAAAUACUCAAAAGCCUGUGUCAUCGUUUGUAUCACUGGUGGGUGGCAAAGUCCCGCUGUGUAACUGAAAUCACACGGGGGCCUUUUUAAGUGGAAGAAACUGCUCAGUGUGGGAGGAACAACGCCCAGGUGUCCCCGAGAGCAAGAGAAGCGAAACACAAAGAAUAACCAUGAGGCCUGAGCAACGUCUCGGAUGUAUGUGAACUUUACCACAUCCUUCCCGCGACCGCUCCUGUACUUAGUCACCAUCCCAGGAGGCCGUCCAGAAAGAAUCUGAAGUUAGAAAGAGUUGAGAAUAUAUUUGAAGAAACGAUGAUUGGAAACACCCCACAGCUGGAAAAAGAUGUGAAUCCACAGACAUUCACAGAGCCCUGUGUUCAACUCAAGUGUCCAGGAAAUAUUCUUCAGAAUGGACGGCAUGCCAAGCCAGGAAGUUUGAAAGAUUCACAGAAAGGAUUUCAUCUGAGAAGCAGAGACAGUGAUUGGAAAAGGAACAUCUCUGUGGAUCAGGACACAGACUAUGCUGAACUGGUUCUGUCUGUAGGAGAAAUGACACUUGGAGAGAAGAAUAGGAAUUCAAUGAAAGAUAGUCAACGGAGACGAAAAGAAGCCAAAAACAUCUUACAGGCUGUGUGUGCACUGCUGAAUUCUGGAGGGGGUGUGGUCAAGGCCCACAUUAAAAAUAAAAACUACAGCUUCACCAGAGAUGGAAUAGGACAGGAUUUGGUAAAAUCCUUGCCCAGUAUCCUGAAUCUUCCUCAUAAAUAUCUAGACUACAUGCAGCACAAAGACUACUUUUUCACUUUUGUGAAACCAUGGAAGCCGAAUCACAAAGGUCCAGGAAUCACCACCUUGAGAACCAACUUGUACCAGAGACGCAUCUCAUCCUCGCAUGAACUGACAUCAGCUGCUGCACUGCACUUCCUCAGAUCCAGACCAAGCUCACCUGGAAAAAUCAUCCAUAAUGAAUUACUAAAUGAAUGUCUUAACUUAUUUAACAGAGACUGGCUUGCCUAUGAGGAGACAUUCUGUUUCACUAAAUCCACACAUGCUGAAGUAAAAUUGACUCCCAAGGAAAAGAUUUUUCCUAAAAAAGAGAUUUUAGAGAUUCUCCCUCAAACUGUUUCUGCAUUUGCAAACACUGAUGGGGGAUAUUUGUUCAUAGGUUUGGAUGGCAAAACCCAGAAAAUUAUUGGUUUUAAAGCAGAGGAGAGCGAUCUCAUGCUUCUAGAAAGUGAAAUUGAAAAGUGCAUAAGACAGCUGCCUGUCACUCACUUCUGUGAGGAGAAGGAGAACAUAAAGUACACAUGCAAAUUCAUUGAAGUGCACAAAUCCGGAGCCGUGUGUUCAUAUGUGUGUGCACUCAGAGUGGAGAGAUUCUGCUGUGCAGUGUUCGCUGCAGAGCCCGAAUCCUGGCAUGUGGAAGACAGCUGUGUGAAGAGGUUUACCACAGAGGAAUGGGUGAAGCGCCAGAUGGAUCCCAGAGCAGGUUUUUCCAAGCAAGAUAAACACACUCUUCAAUCAAGCAGCCCGUCACAAGGUGCCCAUAGCUGCUUUCCAUAUGAUGACCCUGAUGAUCCUCAACACAGUGCUCCCCUUCCAGGGAUAUCUGGAAAGGUGAUACGCUCUCCAGAAGCCCUCUGCAUGAAUCCUUUCUUACCGCAUGAAGGCUAUGAGCAGUUCCUCCUGACAGAGUUGUGCUCGUUUCCUAAAGGAACACUGGUCAUCUCUAAGAGCUGGGCUUUGGAUCUGGGCUUGCAAGAGAAGCAGGGAGUCAUCUGUGAUGUGCUUCACGGUUCCCAGGACAGUCUCCUGACCCUGCACGGCUUUGUCUGUGGAGAUGAGGACCUGGAAGUCAACAGCGCUCUUCUGAGGAAACUAGGGGCCGAGUUAAAGGGUUAUUAUAAACAAAUUGCCCUAACCUUAAAGCAGACGUUGGUAAACCAGGGUGGUUACACUGGGAAAAUAGGUAUCGUGACAAAGAUAACAUACUUGGGUCAUAAGGUUGUGUGUCUUUAUGAUUCUAGCUCGAAAAUACGUUACCCACGCAAAUAUUAUCUGACAACCAAGACAGUAAAGGACUUAGAAAAAGCUCUUGCUGAAAUCUUAGGAGGUCAUGAGUCUUUCUACAGUUUACCCAGGAAAAACUGUAGCGAUCAUUCUAUCUCUUCGUUUCUAAAGGCAUGCAAUUAUAUAGUUUAUUUUUCAAGAAAUGUAUUACCUCAUAUUCGAGCCUGGCUUCAUGUAAAAAAAUGAAGUAUAGCACAAUGAUAUUUUAAAGUAUGUAAGUGCUGGGCAGUGUUGGUGCAUGCCUUUAAUCCCAGCACUUGGGAGGCAGAGGCAGGCGGAUUUCUGAGUUCGAGGCCAGCCUGGUCUACAGAGUGAGUUCCAGGACAGCCAGGGCUACACAUAGAAACCCUGUCUCGGAAAAAAAAAAAAAGUAUGUAAACGAUAAUGUUUUCCAAUUCUAUAAAAAUACAGAGAAUAUGACUUUGAGCUUCGGAGGAAUGGAAACCAAAUUCUGGAAAAGAGAUUGCCAUUGAAGAUGUCAAUGACAAAUUAUAGCAUUAAUAAUGUGUUCCUGAGCCAUGCAUGUGCCUUUGAUUCCUGCACCUGGAGGGAGUCAUGGCAUCCUGGUCUAUGUAAAGUUCCAGGGCAGCCAGAGUUAUGCAGUGAGAGCUUUUCUCAAAAUUUAUUAAUUAAUUACAUAAUUAAUUAAUAAUGCAUGUCCCUCCUUAUCUGUAUAACCACUCCUCACUGAUGAAAUGCAUGGUGCCUUUAAUUUAUGGGAGACACUCUUUGUAAAGAAGUCAGUAAAGAAAAUGUUGAAAUAGGUGGUCUGAUACGGAAAUGUUUUUGUCCUGUUUUUGCUAUCCAGUCUUGUGUGUUUUUACUGUUUAAUACUUGAUUUGUAUGUGGCAACCUGAGGGAAGGUUCCCUCAUGUCCAAAACUUCUCACAUGUCCAAAAUCAUAAAAGCGAAGGUCAGAUUAUGCAGAGAUUAAAUGCAGACUCCUCACAACAUCAUUUAUUAAAUAGAAGAGAUUUCCAGAAAGGUCAAAGAGAUAUGGAAACUGAGUACAAUGAUUUUCAGUGAGGAGAGUACAUUCUGUCUUAAAGGAGAGCAUUGUAUCUCUUGAAUGUAUGACAGUCCACAGGUCUUAGGCCAUGCUAGCAGUCUCUAUGGGGCUAUAGAUGGCAUCUAUUUUUCUGUUCGUACGAUCAUUUCCUAUGAAGUAUUGAUAAUAGGAUUUCAAGAUGUUGAUAUUGUUUGUUUAGGGUUUGAUUGUUGUAUUCUUCACAUUCAUGUGGUCAUGUUGUUUGUGCUAUAGAUAAAACAUGAAAAGGUAUUUACAGCACUGAGUUUACAUGUGAGAAUUAUGCAUUAAUUGAAAUGUUGGUAUUUCCUUCAUAAAGGAAGAAAUGUCUUUAUUGUACAUCUCCGUUUGUGAAGGAUAAAAAUUCUCAACAUUUUGCCCUUAGCGGCUAUUGUAUACACAGUGGUGACCUGUUGUGACUUUUGAUGGAGCUCAUCAAAAGACUGGUUGCCCUUCAUGAGAGUUCUGAUGAUGUGGGCUCUGAGAUGGGUGCUCACAGACGCCAGUCAUCUUUAGCCAUGUUCUGUUAUGAUAUAUUUCUUUAUCAAUAUGAUUUAUUCUUAAAAUAUAGUUCAUUUUUAUCUA